CUUCUGCAGAGACUGCCUGCGGUCGGUGAUCCUGAUGUGCGAGGAGCCGGAGGUGGCGUGCCCGUACCGCGACGACUCCUACGCCUGCGACUGCACGCUGCAGGAGAGGGAGAUCCGCGCGCUGGUGUCGGGGGAGGAGUACGAACGCUGGCUGCGGAGGGGUCUGUCUGUGGCCGAAUCUCGCUGUGAGAGCAGCUACCACUGCGCCAGCCUGGACUGCCCUGGCUGGUGUGAGUACGAGGACACGGUCAACACCUUCCACUGCCCCGUGUGCGGCAAGCACAACUGCCUGCUCUGCAAGGUACCUCACACACACACACACACACACGCGCACGUGCAUGCACACAUUGCCUGA